UAUAAAUACGGCUGCGCGCAACUGUGCCGUUAGACAUUUUCCCAAAAAUCAAAGGAAAGACACAACUGAGCAAGAAAGCGUGGGAAAUCCUGCUUACCUUUUUACCAUUAUUCUCUCUACCUUGCUCUACAUUUUGUUUUAUAUUUAGUAUCCAGCUCACUAUUUUGGCCAUGGGUGGAUUAUAUUUGAAACACGUCGUGGUGGCAGCUGUGUGCUCCGUGCUGGCCACAGGGACGCUGGGGUCCCCGGUGGUGGGGCCAGGGCCGAUCCGAUGCGCCCCGUGUACUCCGGAGAAGCUGAGCCAGUGUCCAGCGGUGGCGCCCGGAUGCACCGAGGUUCUGCGGGAGCCCGGCUGUGGAUGCUGCCUCGCCUGCGCCCUAAAAGCUGGGGAGCUGUGCGGGAUCUACACGGCGGCGUGCGGCUCCGGACUGAGGUGCACCCCGAGACCCGGCGACCCCCGGCCGCUGCACUCCCUCACCAGGGGACAAGCCUUGUGCUCGGAAAACACAGAGCCCAAGCCGACCCCCGAGCCCCAGAUACAAGAUCAGGCAGAGUCAGAAGCUGAGAUGGAGAACCAUGCCAUCGUCUCGGACCCCGGCUCCAGCCUCUACCUCCCCGGUCACAGUAAGCCCUACGACCCGAGGGCUGCUGCUGACGCUCAGGAGAGCAUGAAAGCCAAACUCAUCGCCAACCGCAAGAAAGUUGUUGAGCAGGGUCCAUGUCACAUUGAGCUGCAGAGAGCCUUGGACAAGAUUGCCAAAUCCCAGCAGAAAUUAGGAGACAAGUUAACCAGAUUCUACCUCCCCAACUGUGACAAACACGGGCUUUACGAACCCAAACAGUGUGAAUCCUCUCUGGAUGGGCAGAGGGGUCGAUGCUGGUGUGUGAAUUCCUGGAACGGCAAGAAGCUUUUAGGCUUGACUGACCUGCCUGCAGAUGCCGAGUGUCCUUAAAGAGAUCAAACCACUGAAGAAGAUCUCACAAAAGAAGAAGCAAGCCACUGAUUUUUUCCUUCUUUUUUUUUGAUAACUGUUUAUUUAUUGAUCUUGUCCAUGGUGGUGUUUAAUUCAGGUACACUGUCAUUGUGGAACUGUGGGUCCCAGCCACCCUGAAUCCCCCCUUCCCCAAACCUACCCCCUCCUCUUUAAACACCCGUCCCAAAGAGAAAAAAAUCUAUUUUUGUUUUUCUGAAAGGAGAUUUUAAUAUUGAUGCAGUUACUUCUACUCUUCAGCCUUAUUUAUUUCAAUUUUAUUGCAUUUUAUUUGUUAUUUGUAAUUAUUUCAUGAGUAUUUAUAUCAUUUUUUGCCUUAUUGUUAUUAUUAUUAUUAUUAUUAUUAUUAUUGUUAUUUUUAUGGAUGUAUAAAGUGUAUAUAUGUAUCUUUGCCCUGAGUAACUCCAUUGCUGAGUUGAGCUCGCUCUACCCUUAAGGAGUUGUCUGGAUGUUUGGUUGAUGACAAACCAAGCAAGAACAAAAGCACUGAGUGACCAAAUCUCAUUUAGAAGUAUUUCUAAAUGUUGUUUUUAUGAUUCAUUUUUCACAUUGUUGCCAUUGUUUAUGUCUUCUUUUUUUUUAUUUUCCUGCUGUGACACAUGAUCAGCUCUUUACAGUGAAUGCAAAACUCUCAGUCGGGAAUCCUUAAACAGUCUCAGAAAACAUUUCCCAUGGUUCCAUGGGGCUGCAGAUAACAUGACAGGCGGCGCCUCUGCACGCGCCGCUUCUCAGACGGGUAUUUCUACAUUUACCUACCUCCAAUAUUUAUGUGUCUGCCGUCAGUUGUGUUGAUGUAUCUGAACCAUCACAUGAUUCACCGGUGAUGGCUCCGCUCUACUUACAUGCUGCUGUUGGAGAGAGAUUUAUUGUUUGUGUGAAUUCCAAAGUGACUAACUGCUCACUCGUGUGUAUGUACACUUUUGUAAUUGAGAUGUAAUGUAAGAAAAAAAGGUGAUAUAUUUAAUAAAAA